AUGUUGGAAUGGCUUCCCCACGUCCUUGCCCGUGGAGAAUAUGGGGGCAACCUGUUCGCUGAGUCGGUUGAUCUUUUCGAAUCCCUACUAUGGCAUGGGGUUUCGCAAGAUUCGUGGAACUGGGCCAAGGCUAUUUCCCGAUUGAAAGAUGAGCGCCAUCAACUUACAAGACGAGAGUUGGCCUUCAUUCUUGAAUCCACUCUAGAGGCUAGCGAUACCACCGACAAAGUGCUCCAGUUCUUCGUAAUGGCGUGUAUCCCUUCACAAGGAAGCUGUACAUCGUGCACAAGAGGAGCUCGAAGCUGUGGUGGUGCCGACCGUCUUCCAAGCUUCAAAUAUGCGAUCAGACAACCAUAUGUGGAUGCUUUUGUGUUGGAAGUGAUGCAGUGGCGGCCCAUUAUGCCGCUGGGAGUGCCGCAUGCCGUCGUCCAUGAUGACGGAUAUCUGGGCUAUCAUAUCCCAAAUGGAGCAGUAAUUCUCGCCAAUCACUGGAGCAUAAGCAUUGACGACGCAGUAUAA